AUGGCUCCGGCAGAUGUUGACGCAAUUCUCGCCUCAGUGCUUCUCCUCAUUGGGUUCGAGCUCAUUGACACAGGGCGAGGCAGCUGGAUAUUCCACAUCAAUGGUGCGAGAACCAUAAUUGAGAAGCUGGUCGCGUCUGCCGUAGCAACGGAGACGACUUUGAGCCCGCUCCGCCGCUGGCUGAUGUCAAAUUGCUUGGUUGGUGGGUUAUCGACGACUACCAUGUCACUACUUCAAGAUGCAGAAGGCAAUCAUUGCUCGUCGUUCCCGGCAGCCCUCCUUCCUAUAAUGCAGGCAGGUGCUCAGCUGUUAAAGAUGAAUGAUGAUUCUACGUCUCCGGAUACCUUGGCCGAUUCGCGACGAUACGGUGCCCUUCAUCUCUUGCAUGCUGCAAAAUCGUUCGACCCCGCUGUCUGGGCCAUCAAUUUACAGCCACGCUCACCGGCCGACGAUCUCUUCCAUCGGACUGAAAUUGCCUCUGCACACAAGGGAGCUGUGUGUGUCUAUCUGUCGCGCAUCAUUCUUGCUCUAUGGCCCAGCACAGUAUUGCCGGAUGAUUUGGAAGCCCUCGCAGCCGAAACCAUCAUUCACCUUUCAUGUAUGCAACCCGGAGAUGCAUUAUUCACAGCAACGGCGUGGCCAGCUUUCGUUGCUGGCCUGGAAAUAGCUGACCUUACCAACCGUGCUUGGGUGGUAAGAAGAUUCCAAGACCUCUGGGAGUUGGAGCCUUGGGGACUCACCAGAGAGGCCCUCGGAGCAUUGACGACAAUAUGGGAUGGGAGAAAGAAUGAAGAUGCCACCAAGAGCAGAAACAACGAAGUCUACGAACAGCAAAGGAAUUGGAACUGGGUCGAGAAGCUGAAAAGCAUAGGCACCGACUGGUUGGUUGCAUGAUGAAAAGGCAACUCCGGAUGAUCUAUCAACGUAGUGGUCAAUAUUGAAUGCCUGCUACCGGGACUUGUCAGAUAGCUGCUACAAUCAUGAGAGCGAUUCUCGGUGUCACCAACACUUAAAGACCACG